AUGGCGUCGCCGCCAUCGCCGAUCGCCGAUCUACGGGCGCCGCGGCUUCUGUCCCUCACCGACGAGCUCCUCGAGGAGAUCUUCCUCCGCUUGCCUACCCCGACCGAUCUCGCCCGCGCCUCCACCGCGUGCGGCUCUUUCCGCCGCGUCAUCACCGACCGUGGCUUCCUUCGCCGCUUCGAAGCCGUCCACACGCCUCCCUUCGUCGGCUUCGUUCCCGAAGGGCAAGAUGGCUUCUACCCCGCACAGCCACCCUACCCGUCCGCACCGCUCGCCCGCGCCGUCGCCAACGCCGCCGACUUCUCCUACUCUUUCGUCCCCAUCGGGAGAUGGCUCAAACCCUGGCGCCCCCGCGAUCAUCGCCAAGGCCGCGUCCUCCUGGAGUGCCUUCCCAAGUACGACGACCGCUACGACUUCAAGAGGGUCGUCUUCCUGAUGGACCUCGAGCUCGUGGUGUGUGAUCCCUUGCACCGGCGGUAUGUGCUGCUCCCUUCCGUACCACAGGAGAUAACAGCUCAGCACGGGCGCAUCGUCGAUUUCGAUGCUUUCCUUGCUCCAGCUGGCCAAGAUGAGGAGGAGACGUCAUUCAAGGUGAUAUGCACCGCGCGGAAUAAAACUAACCUGUUUGCGUUUGUCUUCUCUUCUGUCACUGGGCGAUGGUGUAUCGCUGCAUCUCCCAGCUGGAGUUCUUUGGGUACUGAAGCCCCUGGAUACCGCAAGUUGGCCUAUCCGGACUAUGCCUGUGGUUGUUUCUACUGGACGGGGCAUUGGGUUGGCAAGUUGCUUGUGUUUGAUGCCAGAAAGAUGGAGUUUUCGAUUGUCAACAGUGUUCCUUCCAGCUACCUUAUUGAGAGCAGCAGCAAAUCCGGUAUUGUAGGGGGUGCAGAAGGAACACCUUUGAUGUUUUUCUUUGGUAGUCACAGGGAAGAUGACUCGUUGGACGUAUUGCAUAUCACUAAGCUAAAUACCAGUGAGCCUUCUGGCCAACAGCAGAUGGAGAAAAUUAUACCCUUGGCCAGACAGUGUAGGUAUUCCAUCUGUGGUGUGGCUGAGGGGUUCUUAUUUCUUCAUGGUAUUCCAGGAGGUCAGCCCUUAGCACACCGCCGCCAGCGUCGGAAUGUUGCAAACAGAGAAUACUUUUUGCUGGAUGUCAGGACUUCCGAACUUGAGAAGGUCUGUGAGAUGAAGCAUGACUUCUUCAGAGUCCAUCCAUUCUCUGGCUUCGCACCGUCAUUGCUAAAACCAUGUGUUUGA